CGCUAACCCUAAAUCCACACCACCAUUGCCACCCCCAUCACCCGUUUCUUCAGAGUUUCAGACUGUCUUUUUACCAUGUCGAUCAAGGACUUACCACCGCCACUGAUUGUUAUACGCUCUGUGUUUGCGUACAACCUUGAACCCGAAUUCCGCUUGAUCGCAUCAAUCAUCGAUGAUUACCCUUUCGUUUCCAUGGACACGGAGUUUCCAGGCGUCGUCGUUCGUCCUAACGCCGGCUACGAUUACUUCCGCAACCAGAACGCUUCCGAUCACUAUGUCCUCCUCAAAUCGAAUGUUGACGCUCUGAAACUCAUCCAGGUCGGUCUCACCCUCACCGAUGCUGACGGAAAUCUCCCUGAUCUUGACGAGACCGAUAAUAACACUCGUUACAUUUGGGAAUUCAAUUUCAACGACUUUGAUCCGUCACGUGACCAGCACGCUUCCGACUCGAUCGAACUUUUAAAACGACAAGGGAUUGAUUUUGAGAAGAAUCGUGAAUAUGGGAUUAACUCUGUGAAAUUCUCAGAGUUGAUGAUGUCGUCGGGGAUGGUAUGUAACGAGCGUGUGAGCUGGGUGACUUUUCAUAGCGCCUAUGACUUUGGGUACUUGGUUAAGAUCCUGACGGGUCGGUUUUUGCCAGAUGAUUUGACCCGGUUUCUUUAUCUUUUGAGGACUUUCUUUGGCGAUAACGUUUACGAUGUUAAGCAUCUGAUGAGGUACUGUGAGAGUCUUUAUGGUGGGUUGGACCGGGUGGCUAAGACUUUGGAGGUGGAUCGAGCUGUUGGGAAGUGUCACCAGGCAGGUUCAGAUAGCUUACUGACCUGGCAUGCUUUUCAGAAGAUUAAGGCUCUUUGCAGAGGCGGGCCUGAGAAGUAUGCCGGCGUUCUGUAUGGAUUAGAAGUUUUCUGAGGUGUUCUCGUGAUGGUAGCCUGUAGAAAUCUCUUUUUAAAAUCCUAUUAGCAAAUCAACAGCUGUAAAGUUCUGGUCUUUAUAAUAUCAAUUUAGCUGCGAUCAUUCAAUUAUUUGUUUUUUAUUAGUUUUGACGAUUCUAUAUAACAACUUAGGGGCCUUUUACC